AUGGUCCAGGGCCAUGACUUCUCCGUCCCGUGGGAACUUAAUCUUCCAGAAGCUGCUGUAAAUAGAUUGCAGACUGUCGGAUUAAGGUUCUGUGGAGUUGCAGAUCAGGCCCUUCCCAGAUUGAGAGGUGCCCUUCCUGCUGAUAAACCUGCACGCAAGGCCCUUGACGAAUUAGCAGAUCUAUUUAGCUAUUUACGAGUUUGGAAGAUUAACAAACAUGUAUUCAUAGAUGCUCUUAUGCCACCAACAGAGAGUUACCACCGGGAUUUGUUUUUUCAGAUAUAUUUGAGGAAGGAGAACAAUGCUGGACCACUUAUGGAAGGAACAUUACUUGCUGUUGGUGGUCGUUAUGACUAUUUGCUGCAUCAUAUGUGGGAUUCUCAAUAUGUAGGGGGCGCUGGCAUGGGGAAGGGAGGGGUUGUUUUAAGGAGGGUAAGGACGGGAUAUUGUUAA